UAAAUACUCCGGAAAAGAAAUCGGCAGUUUGAGAAAUGGGUGCUGUCGCCUGAGAGGUGUACGAGAGAGAGCAGCUAUAAGGAUCAUGGCAACGUGAAAUGUAAUUCCACACUCUGCAAGGCGAGUGGGAUGUAACCAUGGAUAAAGGCAACAACAGUCUCCCCACUUACGAUGAAAUAGAUAAAUACCUCAGCAGGCGCAACUCUACCUUUGUGUGGCUCCUUGUGGCCACUAUUAUGUCAUGUGGAUGGAUCAUAUAUCUGACAUACUACAAUUCCCGCAAUAUUGGCCUCGUCCUCACCCUCAUCAUUAACCGACUCUACAAGAAUGGAUACAUACACAUCGGUUCAUUUUCAUUCUCUGUGCUGUCCGGCAAGAUCAUGUUCAGAGAUGUCUAUUUCAUCAAUGAAGACAUGUCAAUCAGAAUUCAAGAUGGGUUGCUCAUAUUUCGUUGGUGGAAGAUGUACAACCCUAAGCAGAAGCAACAUGACCCAAAGGCUGAGACGCGUCUCUAUGUUACUGUUAACGGCUUUGAGUUCCAUGUUUAUAAUCGCACGGAUCUCUACACUCGGCUUCAGGAAAUAUUUGGCCUGGAGCCCACCCUUAUCCAAUCCAACCGGGAUGAGGAGAAAGGCCGAGAACAGAGGGAUCAGUCCUUGGAGAGUGUUCACAUCAAAGCUGAGACUCAGGACCCGUCGUCUUCCUGGAGGUCUCUCAUCCCCGUCAUCAAAGUCAACAUCAGCACAGGUCGUGUAGCGUUUGGUAAUCACCAUCUUCCUCAGACCCUCUGUAUGAAUUUUGAUGAUGCUUUCUUGACAUAUGCCACCAAACCGCCCAGCAGCCACUUGGAUCAGUUCAUGCACAUUGUGAAGGGUUCGCUGGAGAACGUGCGUGUCAUGCUGGUGCCCAGUCCACGAUACCUGGGCCUUCAGAACGAUGAACCUCCGAGGCUCAUGGGUGAGGGAUUUGUGGUCAUGCAGUCUAAUGAUGUGGACAUUUACUACUACCAGGAUGAACCAGGUUUGGUCCCAGAGGAACUGGAGAAUGGAGAUACAGAAGCCUGCUCUGAAGAUGCCAAACUACAGGACUUGCCUCCCUGCUGGGGUUUGGACAUUGUAUGUGGCAAAGGAACAGACUUUAACUAUGGCCCAUGGGCUGACAGACAGAGAGACAGCCUGUGGAAGUUCUUUUUGCCUGCUGACUAUCAGCCCAUGAAAGUGAGUGAAGUUCCCACCCCAGGAAAACCACGCCAGAUUCUUGCCUUCGAACUGCGAAUGAACAUUAUAGCUGAUGCGACGAUAGAUCUGCUUUUCACCAAGAAUAGGGAGACUAAUGCGGUCCAUGUGAAUGUAGGAGCAGGUUCUUACCUCGAGGUCAACAUACCCAUGACUGUUGGGGAGAAUGGUUAUUCUCCCACUGUUAAAGGCCAGUUAUUGCAUGUAGAUACAACCAGCAGUAUGCAGUACAGGACCCUGCUGGAGGCUGAGAUGCUAGCUUUUCAUGUAAUAGCCAGUUAUCCACGCGUAUGGAACAUGCCUCAGUCCUGGCAGUGUGAAAUUGAGGUUUACAAAGCCACGUAUCACUUUAUCUAUGCACAGAAAAACUUCUUCACAGAUCUGAUCCAGGACUGGGCCAGUGACAGUGAACCAGACAUCUACUCAUUCGUUCCAUAUUCAUGGAAGUUUAAAAUACUUUUCCACCAGUUUGAGAUGAUUUGGGCCGCCAAUCAGCACAACUGGAUCGACUGCUCCACCAAACAGCAGGAGAACGUUUAUCUCGCUGCCUGUGGGGAAACGCUGAAUAUUGACUUCACUUUGCCAUUUCACGAGUUUGUCCCGGUCACCUGUAACACACGUUUCUGUUUGCGAGCUGAGGACACGGAUAUGCGCCUUUGCCUGCCUGACUGUCACCCCAGCCGGUACCCGCUGCUCACCCUUGCGAAGGAUUACCAGCACUCUAAGAGCCCUCCAGACAACAAUAUGCCAGCAGAAGGGCAAGGAGCACCUCCCAAAAACAGCAAACCACGCUGGAGGAACAUGACUCACGCUGAGGCUGGUUGGGUGGACUGCUGGAGUGUGCCGAACUUCAUGCUCAUUAUAGAUUAUACUUGGCAUCCCAUCUAUCCUCAGAAAUCUGAACAGCAGCUCAAACAAUCAUUGUCAGAAAUUGAGGAGUCAAUGCUGUCCGCCCUGCGACCGCCAGAACUGGCUCCACCUGUGCCUCCUCCACCGCGAGUGUCCUCCGACCCCAGCUUACUGCCGCCUGAUCGUUUACAUGUGGAGAUGGAACUGAGCCCAGGCUCCCACAUCACCCUUUACGGCCCUCUGCUCAGAGCGCUGGUGUCUAUCAAGGAAAACUAUUUUGGAGAGGACGACAUGUACACAGACUUUGAGGAAUCUCUGUCCAGCCCCGUGCUGAGCACCUGCUCUUCUUCAUCCUGUUGGACUGGGGUUGGUCUGGAGGACAAAGGCUCUAAAGACGCACCUCACCCUCUGACCCUGCGGCCCUGGGACAUCACUGUAUUCAUCAAUCUGCACAAAGUCCACGGGCGCCUUCCAACGCACUGUAGCAGCGACGGUCCAGAAGGUCCUACGGGCUUCAUGGAGCGUCUGUGUUUCGAGAUGAAGAAAGGUUACAAGGAGACCAUGCUUCAGCUUGUCCUCUCACCUGUACACGUGUUUGUCAGCGAUAACUAUCAGCGGCCUCCGAUUGAUGCUGUGUUGCGUGACGGGCAUCUGAGCCUCACGGGUUUGCAGAUGAGAGCUCAUGCCAUGUUCUCUGCGGAGGGUUUGCCGGCGGGCAGCGACACACUGGAGUAUGCGUGGCUCAUUGACGUUCAGGCUGGAGCUCUUACUGGAAGAGUCAGUGUGCCACAGUGUGCAUCUCUUCUGGAGUGGGGCGAGAGCUUUGUGUUUCAUGUAAUGUCCCGAGAGUUUCAGCUCGAGCAGCCAAAACCAUCUGUCACCUGCCAACAUGGAGUUGAUCGUAGAAUCUGUGAUGCCAAGCAUGCAGGUCUGCCAGGUCACUGUCGCACAUCAGAAGAUCUGAAGUACACCAUGACACGACUGACGGUUGAUGGAGCACAGAUUUUCAUUGUUGAACACGGCUGUGCUGCCAAUAUUAAGACUGGAGCGCUGCGGGUGGCCACAUGUAAUCUGCACACAGCUGCUGUUGGCGAAGGCAUCAGUGCCGUUCUGCAGGAUGUAGUGAUUGCUCAGUUCAUUGAACAACAGGACGUGGCGAGGCUUGGCCUGCCUCCACCACUCCUCCGGCGCUCUCAUUGGCUGGAAGCUGGUUCGGUGACCUUUAACCUCAUCACGGCUGAUGUGGCAUUGGCUGCUGACCAUCCAGCCAAAUAUGAGGUCCAGAGGCAAUUCCUGGAGCUUCAUGACAUGAAAACAAAGAGACUUUGGUUCCUUUGGCCUGAGGAGAAAUACAAGCGCAGUCGGAACCGCUGUGGCUGUCUUGGUGGCUGUCGUUUUUUUGGGGGCACCAUCGGUGGCCUGGACUUCUUCCGAUUGGAGGAAAUCACACCCUCGUCAAGCUCUGCCUUCUCCGGGAUAAGCGCAGAGUGUGAUAUGUCCUACGGCCAGUCAUUAUUACAUCCAGGAGAAUGGAUUGUGACCAAGGAAACUCCUAAAUUCCCAGAUGCUAAAGGGAUUGCUGUGCGGAGAGACACGUGUUCUCCUGCACCAGUGGUUGACUUGGAGAGACGUGUCCAGCAGCACCUCAGUCUACAUGUUCCUCAGCGCUCGCACAGCUCUGCCUCUUCCUCCGAGGAAAACUCUUCAUCCAGUGCUGCGCUGCCUCUGUUGGCUGGAGAACGAGAGAGUCCCUCACCCUCUACUGAAUUAAUGAAUGUAACAACUGAUGGUCCAAACCCCGAAGGCCCACCCUUGCGCUCUCCUCUCCGCUCUCCAUUAAAGCGACAGUCCUCUGUCCAAUCAGCUCGCCUCGGCAGCACCAAGAGCCUAUCAGCAGCUGUGUUCGUAGAGAAAGCCUUGCCUCCUGCUGGUGUGCAGUUUAGCAGCGAGGUUUCCCGAAGCGAUGAGAACGUUCUAGACUCGCCAAGGCAGAGGAGAAGCUAUGGCUCAUUUCCUUUCACGCCGUCAGCUGAUUCUAGCACUUUCCAUCAGUAUCGCUCCGUUGACUCCUCGAUGUCCGUGGCUGACAGCGAAGCCUACUUCAGUGCUACUGAGGAGUUUGAGCCCAUAAGUAGCGAUGAAGGUCCUGGGACGUAUCCGGGGAGGAAGCGCAGACGGAGACAGCAGGGUCAGCCUCACACUGAACACAGCCGCACUUCUAUAUACCACAGUGUGGAAGGGCCACUGUCAAUCAAUGAGAUCCGCCCACCUCUGCUGCCUAGCCACACUUCCCAAGCCUCAUUUGUCUCUGCGCUUGGAUUGGAGGAGGAGGGAUCUAUUGAAACCGAGAAGGCGGAUCCUGGAAUUCUGACAACACAGCCGCAUUUGAUGGCUUGUUACCAAAACUAUCUAGCACAUUAUCAUGUGUCAAACUGGGCUGUUAAGCAGCCGACCAAUAAGAGAACAUCCAAGUCAUCUCUGCACCGCCCACUUGAUUUGGACACCCCUACAAGUGAGGAGAGCUCCACCUCCUUUGAUCAAUUGUCCAUCCCCACUUUUAAGAUGGUGAAGGCUGGUUUAUCUGCCAGCUCUCUGUUGGACAGAGGAGUUCAUUUGAUGGGUGACAUAAACAGCACACCUUACACACCUCUUGAUAAGCGGGCGAUGGACAACACUGAUGAGGACACGGUGACAGAGGACUGGACCGUCGAUCAGCCUCUUGCUCAGACCAGAACCACAGCCAUCGUUGAGGUUAAAGGGGCCGUCAAUGUGGUCCUGACGCCUUUAGUAGUUGAAGCACUGGACAGGUACAUUGAGUCCAUGGUUCACUUUGCCAGUUUUCGCCACCCUUCAUCAAUCCUGGAUGACCUGCAUGGGAAAGUGCUCAAUGAAGUGUAUCAGAUCAGCAAAUCCACUGUCUCUGAGUCUAGCGCGGCCAAACCGGAGCACAAAAUAUCGAAGACCGAAGGAACCACCCCUGGGUCUCUGAGCACACCGCAUGGACAAACCGACCUGUCAAUCAAACCUGACAAUGUCAAGAUAAAGGGUUUGCAAGCUAAUGUGACUGUCCCGAAGGUGAACCUCUGUGUGCUUCAGGCGUCUGUAGAAGAAGGUUCACCAUCUAACAAAAGCAUCACACACGUGUCUCUUGUGGCCUUGUGUUUUGACCGGAUUGCGACUCAGCUGCGCAUGAAUAGGGGUAUAGUGGAGGACACCGAAAAACCCUCUGUUAUGAUGGAGAAGUUUUCAUCUGCAUCUAAAAUGGCACCUCAGUCCAGCGGUUCUCUCCGUUCUACGCCGGGAUCAGAAGGCAAAGAGAUUGCAGCCAGACUCAACAUACACCGCAUACACAGCCAACUCCGUGGCCUGGACUCAUCAGAUAUUGGAGCUUGUGCUAUCACUGCCAUUCCUUUUGAGAAGUCCAAGGUCCUCUUCAGCUUGGAGGAAAUUGAUGACUUCGUGUUGGUGGAUGAGACUGAGCCCUCCAUCUCCACUGAACACAUGCCGGAACACACUCCUGACCAUUCUCGCUUGGGGACCAGUCCUGAGAAAUGGGGAUGGAUUAUGUUUGAAUGUGGGAUCGAGAACCUCACUGUCAAAGGUGGGCGUCAGUCAGGAGCUGUUCUCUACAGUGCAUUUGGGGUGAUGGGUGGUGCUGACAGCGGCGUCAGGGAUGGAGUCUCCAAAUCAAACGAUUCCAGCGGUUCUCAGACCGGAAGUGGCUACAGCACUGAUGUAUCCGAUGAUAACCUACCCAAUGACGCACAGAGCCCUGCAUCUGAACCUAACAACAAUUCAGACUCUGACGAGCAGGAUGAGGGAGUGGAGUCAGAUGAUCUGAAGAAGGAUCUGCCGCUCCUGCCUCCUCCUCCAGACUCCAGCAGCAUGAAGCUCACUAUAAAGGAGAUCUGGUUCAGUUUUGCUGCGCCGACCAACAUUCGAUCUCAUGCUCCAGUUAUGUCCAGGCAGCUCAAUCUCUUGAGCACUGCGACCCCUGCAGUCGGUGCCUGGUUGGUUCCCAUUGACCAGCUGAAAUCCUCUCUCGAGAAACUGGACAUGGAGGCCACGUUGCGAGUGUGUGCGGUCAUGGGCUGCAUAAUGACCGAGGCUCUGGAGAAAAAGAGUAUUCACAUUCCGUUUCGCAGCAAGUAUAACCGUGUUACAAAGCGAGCCCGGUAUCUUCACGAAAACCCAUCCUGCUUACUGUGUAAUAUUCUACAUCGCUACCUGCAGCAGGCGGAUUAUAGCAUCAUUGAAGAGGCCACCAUGAAUGAUGGACUGCCUGCUCUGGUGACCCUGAGGAAAGGUUUGGUGGCACUUGCUCGUCAGUGGAUGAAAUUCAUCGUUGUGACUCAGGGCUUUAAGGCGGUUGGUUUGCCACAGCAGCUUCCUAAACCCAAAGAGCAGGAGCCCGUGGAGCCUGUACAGACCCCGGGCCUGGACUGUGGAGCCGCCUUGCAGAGUGACACCAGUGCUGAUGGAGCAGAGUUUGAGUUUGAUGCUGGUACAGUAAGUGAGCACACAAUGCUGUUAGAGGGAGUAUGCAGUCGUCCUGCUCCUACCGGAAACUCUGCGCCUGUGACUGGAGUGGAGAUCAUGAGAAAACUCUCCAAAUCGCACACACAUAGCGAAUCUGCCCUCAGGAUCAAGGGUUCCCACCCUUACCAGUCCCUGAGCUACACGAGUGGAGAUACAGCGGCUGAUUCUCCUGCUCAUGUCAGUCGGACAGGCUUACAGUGCAAUCACAGCCCGAGGAAAGAGUCAUUGCUUAGCUACUUAACAGGAAGCAUCCACAGUCUGCACAACCUGCUGGAAGCAACACCUCAUCGAGCAAACGAACAAACUGCAACCAAGAGCAGCUCUUUGACACGCACAGGCAACAGUGUGGGGGCAGAUGUGUUGACUGAACAUCCUCUUCUGUCGGAGCCGUUUUCCGUCAGCUUCUACAACUGGAUGUCAAAUGCUGUUGGCAACCGUACUGGCGGUAACGUCCAGGACUCACCACUCAACCGCUCGCAACACAACAGCCUGCAGACCGGCGGAGUGCUCCCCACCAUUCCUUCUGCAUCAGACUUCAACACGGUACUGUCGAGUGAUCAGAACACACUGGACGAACACUCUCAGCACUCUCACUCGCAGCACAGCACGAGUCAAGAAGACCUGCUUGAUCAAGAUGAGACCAAUCUCUGCCCUGCAGCUGUACAGCUCGCCGAUGCUCAGGUUGUUUUCAAGCCAUUGUUGAGUCACAUUGGGAUCCAGCCCCAGGAUGCUCCUCCGCUCAGUUACAAGAUGUACUUUGGGGAGCAUCUGUCCUUCAGCGGCACACUCGAGUGUUUGAGAGCUGACAUUGUCGACUCUGACACCAGCAAAGAGAGGAAGAACAAACGAGCACACAGACAGGGCAUGGUGAACCUCCCUCCUCUUGAUUUCAAGCCUGCUUUGAUGAUUGAGACUUUCAGCUUGAAUGCAGUGGUGUUAGAGAAGUGCAUGUCCACUCCCCCGUCCGCCAGCGCUCUCUCUUUCCAUGAACUAAGCCGCAGGCCCCAGGCCAGCGUACACUGCCACUUCACUGUCGCCUGCCAGGCCAUCCGCCAACAUGUGGAUAUGGCACUGGUUCGCCUCAUCCACCAGUUCAGCACUAUGAUAGACGACAUUAAAGCCACCCAGACGGACAUUAAACUGAACCGCUACACUGCCGGCUCAUCUUCCCCCACACCCACCAAGGGACAUACAUACCGGGAGUUCCGCUCGUCCGAUUUCAGCCGUAGUUCGCGUGGGAGUUUAAAUGGAGCGGCUCGAUUGGGCAUGCAGAAGGGCAAGCGCGGCAUGGUCGGGCCGGGUCUGGACACGUUAACAAGGAGCCGGGAGCCUCGUGGAAGGGGGACGCUGGGACGCUCAGAGCGGAGGACGUCCAAGGUGUCACGGAAAGGGUCCCGUGAUGUGGCUGAUCACAUGACUAUUCAGAUGGAUGACUCUGACUCUAUUACUGUGUCCGAGCAGAGCGAGCCGUCGGCUGAGUGCUGGCAGAACAUGUACAAACUGCUCAAUUUCUACUCGCUCAUUUCAGACCCCACAGGAAUCCUGGAGAAGAACCAGGACAAUGCUCUAUCUGAGGGUGGGCGGAGCCCUGCAGAUCCUCCAUGUCGAUUGGUGUUUGAAUCAGAGGAAGAAACUCCUCCCAGUCGCCUGGGUCGUAGGCGGAGCUUAGUAAGCGCUGAACCCCAACAUGUCACUCUCAUCGUGUUUGGAGUUGGAAUGGUGAACCGCACUCAUCUGGAAGCAGACAUUGGUGGACUGACCAUGGAGGCGGAGCUUAAGAAAAUACACGGCAGCUUUACUCUAAAGGAGAAAAUGAAAGACAUUCUCCAUCAGAAGAUGACAGAGACCUGUGCCUCGGCUCACAUCGGAUGUGUAAACAUUGUGCUUCUGGAAGGAAUCUCACCAGACAUACAACUAGAGGAUUUUCCAACCUCACCUACAAGCACAGCCAAGCAGGAGUUCCUGACUGUGGUGAAAUGUAACAUUGCGAAGUCCCAGGCUUUAUACAGUGCACAGCGUGGGCUGAAGACCAAUAACGCUGCCGUAUUUAAAGUGGGCGCCAUCUUCAUCAAUAUCCCGCAGCACCCUGCAACACUGCACAGUAUGAUGGUCCGCAGCUCCCACCAGCUCUCAAAACAAAUCUCAGACCUCAUCCGUCAGCCCUCCAAUACUCCGCCUCCCAAUCGGGAAGACACACCGACCCCACAGCCGUCUGAAGUGAGCAUCAACCAAACGCCGGUGGAGGCCAAUGAGUUUCCUCAGCUGCCUGAGGGACUGGAGAAGAAGCCGAUCGUGUUGAAGUUCAGCGCUAUGCUGGACGGGAUUACGAUUGGUGCGGCUCUGUUGCCCUCGCUCAAAGCAGAGUACAAGAUGGGUCGUAUGAAGAGCCAUGGCAUGACUGGUGCCCAGACCCGUUUCACUUUCGAGCUGCCCAAUCACAAGCUGUGUUUCCAGUCGAAGGUUUCCCCUGUGGACGUAUCAGCAAUGCCACCCACUGCCAGCCUGACUCUGCCACCUGUCACCAUGUCAGGACAGUACAUCAUUCAGGAGCACGAGGGCCACAGUGACACCGCCUGGGCUCCUGAAUACAGCAGCUAUCUGCAGGGAAACUACUUACGCUGUGUUGCCGAGAUCGGGUCUUUUGAACACAACUUGACCACAGAUCUACUCAACCAUCUAGUCUUUCUGCAGAAGGUCUUUAUGAAGGAGGUCAAUGAGGUCAUUCAGAAAGUUUCAGGAGGGGAGCAGCCAAUCCCACUGUGGAAUGAGCAUGAUGUGUCAACAGAUGGUGACAAACCUAAGAUCCUGCUUUACUCCAUAAAUCUGACGUUUAAGGGAAUUCAAAUGACAGCCACCACUCCUUCUAUGAGGGCGGUGCGCUUUGAGACUGGCUGGAUUGAGCUUGAACUGUCCAAUCGCGUGCAGUGUAAAACUACUCCCACAGGAAGCAACUACCUGAAGCUUUUUGGGAAAUGUCAAGUGGAUCUCAACUUGGCUUUGGGCCAAAUCGUGAAACAUCAGGUGUAUGAGGAGGCGGGGUCAGAUUUCCACCAGGUGGCGUAUUUCCGAACUCGUAUUGGUUUGCGCAACGCUCUGCAGGAGGAAAUCAGUGGCAGCUCUGACAAGGAGGCCGUCCUGAUCACACUCAGCCGUCCUAUCAUUUUUGCUCAACCUGUGGCCUUUGACAGAGCUGUGCUCUUCUGGCUGAACUAUAAGGCUGCCUAUGAUAACUGGAAGGAACAACGCUUGGCUCUCAACUCCGACAUUCAUAUGGCCACCAAAGAGGUUGUUGACAAACUGCCAGCCAUUCAGCAGACCAGCGUCCAGGCCUUCAGCACACUCUUCCUACAGCUCACGGUCAAUGAUCUGGGCAUCUGUCUGCCCAUUACCAGCGCCACACAGGCCAAUUACAGUAUUGAUUUUGACACUGGCUCAGCAUUGGUGUUAACCAUCGAGAGUACGCUGAUCACAGCAUGCUCCUCUGAAUCGCUUGUCAGCAAAGGACAUUUCAAGAACUUUUGUAUAAGAUUUGCUGAGGGGUUCGAGACGACUUGGGAUGACUGGAAACCUGAGAUCAGAGGCGACCUGGUCAUGAAUGCAUGUGUUGUGCCUGAUGGUACAUAUGAAGUGUGCUCCAGAACAACAGGCCAAGCCUCUGCAGAAAGCAGCAGUGCUGGGACAUGGACGCUGAACGUUCUGUGGAAGAUGUGUGGUAUCGAUGUGCAUAUGGAUCCCAACAUUGGUAAGCGUCUGAACGCUCUGGGCAAUACACUGACCUCCCUGACUGGAGAAGAGGACAGCGAUGAUAUCACAGACCUCAACUCUGUCAACAUGGCCGACCUUUCAGAUGAGGAUGAGAGUGACGGCAUGUCUCCACCCGUACACAUGGAGUCUGUUGACCUGCGCAGACAGGCAGUCAUGAGCAAUCAGAUAAUCGACGCUCGUGGACGAAAGUUCUCUAAGCGCCUGGUGGACAUUAGAGAACUCAAUGAGCAGGCCAAAGUCAUUGACGAUCUCAAAAAACUGGGAGCAAGUGAAGGCACUAUAAAUCAGGAAAUCCAGCGAUAUCAGCAGUUGGAAUCAGUUGCUGUCAAUGAUAUCCGUCGGGAUGUGCGGAAGAAGCUGCGGCGUUCCAGUAUGCGGGCUGCGUCACUGAAAGACAAAUGGGGUUUAGGGUACAAGCCAAGCUACAGCAACAGCAGGUCAAAGAGCAUUUCAGCUGCAGGAAGACCAGCAAUGAAGAGAUCAGAUAGACCCAGGGACGACCUGCCAGACAUCAAAGUGGAAGCAGCAUCUCCUGCACCAAGAGUGACCUUCAACAUCGACAUGUUCCCGGAGGAGACAGAGAUGGAGCUGUUGUCUGUCACCAUUGAUGAUGCUGCCCAUUACCCAUCAUGCUCAGUGUUCAGUGCCCCUGGCACACCCGCAGUCUUUUCACCAACCGUUCCCUUCCAGCCCGAUGACAGUCGGCGUGAUGAGCUCUCCUCCACUUCAUCAGAGGACUCAGACAAGGAAGACGAGUUUGACAGGGACAGACCGCAGAGCUAUUACCGUCGACCAGGGGGCUCUCAGAGAAAGUCUGCUUUGUCUGCAUUGUUCAGCGAGCGCUGGCCAGCCACACCCCCUCAGCGAGGAGGAUUAGCUCCGCCCACUGAGCGAAACAUUGACUUUGAGCUGGACGUGCGUGUCGAGAUAGACAGUGGCAAGUGUGUUCUUCAUCCCAGCACUCAACCAACCGAACAUGAAGACCUCGCUCUGAAGAGGAGUUGUGAGCGGAGCUCGAGAAGUUUGGAUCAGGAUUCUCCUCCUAAGAAGCGAAAAGUGCAGCCCAGUUUUCCCUCCAGCUCUCAUCUGCUGAGUGCUAAGCGAGUGCCCACCUCUCUGCAGAGCAAAAACAGUGACAUUGAGACCACCGUCUUCUACAUCCCUGGAGUGGAUGUUAAGCUACAUUACAACUCUAAAACUCUGAAGACUGAGUCGCCCAAUGCCUCUCGUGGAUCCUCCCUUCCCAGAACACUCUCCAAAGAGUCCAAGUUGUAUGGUAUGAGAGACGCACCAACACCAGCACCAGCAUCAGCACCAGCAGCCUCAGGCCCUGGCAAGACAAACACACUCCUCUUCCCUCCUCCCCCUCCUCUCCCAUCAGCUAAAGGGAAGGCAGGUGUAGGGGUGAAGACGGCUAAACUGUAUGCAUGGGUAGCCCUGCAGACGCUGCCAGAGGAAAUGGUCAUCAGCCCAUGUCUGCUGGACUUCCUGGAGAAAGCGCUGGAAACCAUUCCCAUCACACCGGUCGACAGGAACUACACAACACUUAAUGUUCAUGAAGAAGAUGUGGGCCACUUUGACUCUGUGGAGCCUCUAGAGGAGUCUCAGGUGUCUCUAGUGUCUUCAGCUACGUCUCCGUACUCCUCCUUCCCAGUGGAUGUGGUAGUUUAUGUCAGGGUGCAGCCGUCUCAGAUCCGCUUCAGCUGUCUCCCCAUGUCUCGGGUGGAGUGCAUGCUGAAGCUUCCCUCUCUGGACCUGGUCUUCUCCUCCAAUAGGGGAGAGCUGGAGCCCACCAGUGCCACCUAUCCAUCUGAGGGGCAGCACACACCUUCCUCCACACCUCCAUCAGUACACAAUGCCAACAGAGUGCCUGGAGGUAAAGGACCUUCCACAGGGUUAGGCAGUCCUCUAGGGCGGAGUCGUCACCACAGUAGCCAAUCAGAUCUCACCGGCCCACCCAUUAACUCAUCAGGCCUGAGUUUCACCGCCUGCAUGUCAGAUUUCUCACUCUAUGUGUUUCAUCCGUACGGAGCUGGCAAACAGAAGUCUGCUGUCACUGGCCUCCCACCUGGACCAGGACCACUGGGAUCAGUAGAGGACGAGGCCUCUUCAGUGACAGGCAGGAAGGACUCUCUCUCCAUCAACUUGGAGUUUGUUAAAGUCAGUCUUUCCAGGAUGAGACGCACAGGAUGUCCAGCAUUUAUUGAUACUUUCAUUGCCAGCAAGGGUGGUAAAAUGGACACAACACUAAUCAAUAUUUCAGCGGUGUGUGAUAUUGGUUCUGCAUCUUUUAAAUAUGACAUGAGACGUCUGAGUGAGAUUCUUGCAUUCCCGCGAGCUUGGUACCGCAGAAGCAUAGCCCGGAGACUGUUUCUGGGAGACCAGACAAUCAACUUACCAGCUUCAGGUCCUGCUACGCCAGACUCUGUGGAGAGCAUCGCUCAGCACCUUUCGCCUGAAUCCAGCCGAAAAGCAUACUGGAGGACGUGGGACGGUCAGACCACUCAACACCCUUCCUCUUCUGUCUUCACUGACGCCACACCAAGCCACUCACACCUUAAAUCACCCGCCACCGGACGAACCCGCAGCGUAUCAGACUCCUCCGCACCGCGCAGAGACUCUGUUACCAAGACCUCCACCCCAUCAUUCCGGAACGGAAAAGCAGCAGCGCAGCAGGGUUCACCGUGGGAGACGCUGGUGGUGUUCGCCAUCAACCUGAAACAGCUUAAUGUCCAGAUGAACAUGAGCAACGUCAUGGGCAACAAUACUUGGACGACGAGUGGGCUGAAGAGUCAGGGCCGUCUGUCAGUGGGCAGCAACAGAGACCGUGAGAUCAGCAUGUCUAUUGGACUGGGACGCUCCAAACUGGACUCCAAAGGAGGAGUGGUGGGUGGAAACAUUGAUGUCAACACGCUGGAGAUGGUCUCUCACAUUUCAGAACAUCCAAACCAGCAGCCCAGUCAUAAGAUUCAGAUCACCAUGGGCUCCACAGAAGCACGUCUGGACUACAUGGGCUCCAGCAUAUUGAUGGGAAUCUUCAGUAACGCUGACCUGCAGCUCCAGGAUGAGUGGAAGGUGAAUCUCUGCACAGCCGAGGCCAGUCUAUCUGAAAAAAGUGAGAUCUUUGUGCACGGAGACCUGCAGUGGGACAUUUUCCAAGUGAUCAUCUCCCGCUCCACCACUCCUGACCUGAUAAAGAUCGGCAUGAAGCUGCAGGAGUUCUUCACACAGCAGUUUGACACCAGCAAGCGAGCCUUGUCUACCUGGGGCCCUGUGCCCUACAUGCCUCCCAAAACACCGGUCAUCAACACAGACAAGGGAUCUGCUGAACUCUAUAUGGAUGCUGCUCAUCACAGGCACUGGCCCAAUGUGUUGAAGAUGGUGGCCGGAUGCCACAUUUCCCUCUUCCAGAUGCCUCUCCCGGAGGAUGCCGUGCAGCUGGGUGGCUCUAUGAGCCUACAUGGAAACCACAUGACUCUGGCUUGCUUUCACGGGCCCAACUUUCGCUCCAAGUCCUGGGUGUUGUUCCAUCUGGAAGAGCCCAACAUCGCCUUCUGGACUGAAGCACAGAAGAUCUGGGAGGAUGGCUGCAGUGAUGAUUCUACAUAUAUAGUUCAAACCCUGGACUUUCACCUUGGGCAUAAUACCAUGGUCACCAAGCCUUGCGGUGCUCUGGAGAGCCCUAUGGCGACCAUCACUAAGGUCACUCGCCGUCGGCAUGAAAAUCCCCCGCAUGGAGUGGCUACGGUCAAAGAGUGGUUCAACUACGUCACUGCCAUGAGGAACGAAGAGCUGAAUUUGCUGCGAAACGUGGAUGCAAACAACUCUGAGAGCGGCGCAGCAGCAAAGAGCUCCAGCCUCCUGAGCGGCUUCAGGGGCUCUUCCAGCUACAACCACGAAACCGAGACCAUCUUCGCCCUUCCCAAAAUGCAGCUCCAGUUCAAAUCCAUCCAUGUACAAGACCCAGAGGAACCUUCGCUCAGUGAUGCCAACAGCAAACCCAAAGUGGAGUGCAGCGUGGUGACCGAGUUCACCGAUCACAUCUGCGUCACCAUGGAUGCAGAGCUCAUCAUGUUCCUGCAUGACCUGGUGUCGGCGUACCUGAAAGAAAAGGAGAAAGCUCUCUUUGCACCACGCAUGUUUGCGUCUCGGCCUGGCCAGAAGAGCCCGACAACGCAGCAGGAUGAGGCUUCAUCUGACAAGAAGGAGAAGGAGAAGGAGAAAGAAGAAGGAGUCAACUACGCCACAGUGGACUGGAGAGAGUUCCUUUGCAACACGUGGCAUCUUGAGCCCACACUACGGUUGAUCUCAUGGACGGGUCGUAAGAUUGAUCCAGUAGGAGUGGACUACAUUCUGCAGAAGCUGGGUUUCCAUCACGCCAGAACCACAAUCCCCAAGUGGCUGCAGCGAGGAGUGAUGGACCCUCUGGAUAAAGUCCUGUCUGUUCUCAUCAAGAAACUGGGCACGGCUCUGCAGGACGAGAAGGAGAAAAAAGGGCAAAGGGACAAAGACGAGCAUUAACUUCAACGUAUUCAUACAUUUCCGCUAUCUGGAGCCAUUUCCUUUCUUGACUUGUCUGAAAUCACUGGAUUUGUCGCAUUCUACUGUACAGCACACUAAAACACUGCUAUUCUGUGUGAACGUUUUGCUCGGGUUCAUUGCGUUCAGACGACUGAAAGUGUUCCUUUUUGAUCUUGCUUGAUUUUAUACGUUUUAAAUUUGCUGCUGAACGUCAUCUGGACUUUUAACAUGCACUUCUAAAUCACUGACACUAACAGAUGGCGCGCAGUGAUCUUGAAGCUACAGUAUAUACAGGUUUACAUGAGGAGCGUCCUGUGUUGUUUCUCUGAGGUGAACAUUGCCAAUCUAGACUUUUUAAAGCCGUUUUAGUGAAUGUUUUUAGAGCUCCGGUGACGUGUUUCUUCUUUCAGCCAGCGGUGGAAGAGAGCAAACGUCCCGAAGCCUAAUUAUUCCUUUGAGAGUGACCAAAUUUUUUCUGAUGCCUGCUUAGCAACACGUUUUUGAGGAGGAGAGGUGAUGUAGUGUAAAGAAGCACCUCGUAUAUUCCUGUGAAUAAUACAUCCAAGACCUCAGAUUAUGCUGUGUAAAUGUGAACUGGCUGAUAAAGCGAGGCUCUAACUUAUAUGAUAAUAAUAAUACUAGAUAAAGGAAAUGUAAAUAUCUGAAAAUGCAUAAGCUGUUACCCAUGUUAGGCCUGUGGUGAUAGUGUUUUUUUUUUUUUUUUUUUGGCUCUUUCAUAAUAUGUGCAAUAGACCGUUGUAUAUACUGAGGUAAAUAUGUUCAAUGUGCUGAUUUCUUAACUGAAUUAAAUCAUUACUACUAAAAUGAA